AUGGCAGGCCAUAGCGCUUCCCUCGCACCAUCUCCACGAACCAUCGUCGACUCACCUGGCUUUGUUGCCGCUGGCUCUCCUGCUGCUGGCUCUAAGCCAUCGACCCCUCGGCCUAUCACCGCCGCUCCCGGUCAGGCAACACCAGCCACACCCGGAGCUCCACUCCGUGCGCCACUCUCCAUUAAGCCGAGUGGACAGCCACCUCCACCCGUGCAACCUCAACAGCAACGCACUGCUCUUCCAUCCAUCAACAAGAUGGCCAUGUCGUCCGUAAUCAGCCCCAACCCGACGCCGCCUGAGGCCCCCAAGGUCUCUAUGACAUCCAAGGAAUGGGUUAUCCCUCCCAGGCCCAAGCCUGGCAGGAAGCCGGCCACCGACACGCCUCCUACUAAGCGCAAGGCGCAAAACCGCGCAGCCCAGCGAGCCUUCCGGGAACGGAGGGCCGCUCGUGUCGGCGAGCUCGAGGAGCAGCUCGAUCAGCAGCGUGAAGUUCAUGAUAAACAGGAGAUUGAUCUCAAGGAAAAGAUCCACGAGCUGGAGCUCGACGUCCAGUCCUUCCGCUCUCGCUGCAUGCUUCUUGAAAAUAUGCUCGACCGUGAGCGUCAAGACAGGAUCCGUGUCGAGACUGAGGCUGAGACCCUCAAGCGUCGUCUUGACGAGGGGGCCUUUCACUCUGGCUACCAGUCCCGGAACAUGAGCAGUUCUCACCCGUUUGAUGGACUUCAAAGCCCGACAAGCCAGGGCCCGAGACACAGUCUUGCCGAUGGACGACCAGCGGAACGGCAGUCAAGCCACACUACCUUUUCCAUCUCUCAGAUUAUCUCACCACCCGAUAUGAAUUCAUCAAACGAUGCAGCGGAAGCCGACCUCACGUGUGGAAACUGUUCCCCAAACGGACGGUGUGCCUGUGCCGAGGAGGUGAUGGCAACGGCCGCGAAUGGCUGCAGCAAGUGCGGCCUGACUUCAAGUUGCCAGUGUCUCGACGACGUCACGGAAGUUCUUAGGCAUUCCCAUGAACUAAAGCGUCCAGCUUCUCCAUCAGCCAACACUUCCACCGAGAAGCGUCACCGUCCUAGCCCCGUGCACGACGAGGCUGAGACUGAUUUCACGGCUAUGUUCUCUCGCAAGGAGACUACUACAGCCCCUCCAGAGUCCCAUUACUCUACCCCUUCUUCCAUGGCCCAAGCCCCGACUCUUGACAAUAUGGCAUUCAAGGACGGUUGUGGGUUUUGCAAAGACGGAACAUAUUGCGUCUGCGCAGACACAUCACUGGCGACCCCCGCCAUGACCCCCAACGAUACUCUCCCCCCCAUCUCUCAUCAGGUCUCGACCCCUCCUCCCUCGGAGACUGAUGUUGUCUCCCCAACACUGGCAAUGGAGAUGACGGCCGACGGCGCUGUCAAGUUGCCACGUCGAACCCAGAACCAGUCUUCUCAGAGCCGAGGCUGCGGUCCCAAUGGGCCCGGAACCUGCACCCAGUGUCAAUCAGACCCUAAGUCUGGUCUCUUCUGUCGCCUCAUGGCUGCCAACUUGGACCGCAAAGGUGGUCCAAGUGGUGGUUGCUGUGGCGGCAAGGGCGCAGAUGGCGGCUGCUGCAAGACGCGGGCGGCUCCUAAGAAAGAGAAGAUUUCCCUACCCAGUCUGCCUAGUCUCGGUCUUAGCUGUGCCGAAGCCUACCAGACGCUGUCAAGCCAUCGGAAUUUUUCCAAGGCGGCUGAUGAUAUCGGCUCGUGGUUGCCAAAGCUCAAGGCAACCCCUAAAGCCGGUGCCCGACCUCAGCCGCCUGGUGCAAUGAUGCCUAUCGAAGUGGAGGCAGCGAGCAUCAUGAGUGUCCUCAAGGACUUUGAUGUUCGAUUCGGGCGCGGAUUCUAA